AUGUCUCACCUUACGAUCGUCUUUGUCGUCGCUGCUGUGUGUGGAGUAUUCGGAGAAGGUGUGGCAAAGGACAGUCCCGCUGACUCCCAUGCCGCCCAGAGUGGAAUUGUAUCCUAUGCUUCCUCUGGUUACGGCGGUGGAUAUGGACUCGGUUUGUCUGCUGCUGGAAUCAACUCAGGGGCUGGUCUUAUCGGCCAUGGAUCUGGAGUAAUCAUCGGUGGACCGGGUAUUAUUAGUGGAGGUGGCAACCUUAACAAUGCUGCCGCUGUUGGUGCUGCUCAACUAAGCGCUAUUCAGAACGCUCAGGCUGUCCAAGCUACACAGAUUGCCAAUGCGGCCGCGGCCGCCAUUCAAGGUGCACGUGUGACUGAAGCUGCUGCUAGAGCCGGUCAAGCUAAUGCUAUUCAAAGGGCCCAGGCACUAGAUGCUGCUCGAAUUGCCAACGUACAAAGAGCUCAAGCCGCUGCAUUUGAAAAUGCUCGCGCUUCUGAAGCGGCAAGACGAGCUGCUGCAGCAUCAGCUGCUGAGAUCGGCCGUGCCGUUGAAGCUGAACGCAUUGCCAAUGCCGCUCGCGUACAAGCUGCUGCUAUUUCAAAUACACGUGCCGUAGAAGCCGCACGUAUUGCUAACGCUGCAAGAGCUCAAGCUGCAGCUGUCGCCACUAGCGCUGCUCAGGCUCAGGCCGUUGCCGAUGCAGUAGCACGAAAUGCUCAAGAUAGUGGUUUAUUGCUCGGCGGUGGAGCCGGACUUGGUGGAGUAGUUGGUAUCGCACCAAUUGCCGCUGGUUACGGUCUGGGUGGCGGACACGGUCUGGGAGGCGGACACGGUCUGGGAGGCGGAUACGGUCUGGGUGGCGGAUACGGUCUCGGAGGCGGGUACGGUCUCGGCGGUGGAUACGGUAUUGGCGGUGGAUACGGUAUUGGCGGUGGAUACGGUCAUGGCAGUGGAUACGGUCAUGGUAAAGCGUAA